UUUUGAAGUCAGGUUUGCCAAAGGGGUCACCACCCUCUGUUCUGAACUAACACUGCUUUCCCUUUUGUUUCAGUUUCCUGUGGUUUACAUUGAGGAUCCAAAAACGAACCGAAUUAUGCAGUGGCAGAAUAUCAGCACAGAGAACGGGCUUAAGCAACUGUCCUUCAGUCUGUCUCUGGAGCCCAUUCUGGGCUCCUACAAGAUAGUGAUACAAAAACAAUCAGGAGUGAAGAAAGAGCACUCCUUCACCGUGGAGGAAUUCGUGCUUCCCAGAUUUAAAGUUCAACUAAAGGUCCCAAAGGGCAUCUAUAUGCAAGAAGAAAAACUAAAUGUGACGGCAUGUGCAGUAUACACCUACGGGAAGCCUGUCCCAGGACAUGUAAAUAUAAGUAUAUGCCUUAAAUAUCCUUACGCCAACCAUUGGGAACAGCCUGGAUGCAAAGAAGUCAGUUACCAGCUGGACAAAAAUGGCUGCAUCACACAAGAAGAAAACAUCACUGUGUUCCAAAUAAAUAAAAGAUAUUAUGGCAUGGAGGAUAUUCGUGUGAAUGCAAAGGUUAUAGAAGAAGGGACAGGAUUCGAGUUCAGUGGAUCUGGAAAAACUAAAAUUGAAAGUACCACAACCAAACUAGUAUUUGUGAAAGUGGACUCACACUUUAGACCUGGGAUUCCAUUCCUUAUGAAAGUUCGCCUAGUGGAUCUCAACGACAUUCCUCUCCCAAAUGAGCAAGUCUUCAUCAAACUACAUGAAGCUGACUACACCAGUGCUAUCACUGAUCAACAUGGCCUGGCAGAAUUCUCCAUCAACACCACCGGCAUUGUGGGUUCUUACUUCACUAUCAAAGUCUACCACAAGAAAGGAAAUCGGUGUUUUCAUUUCCCUUGCGUGGAAGAAAAAUACGCAGAAGCAAGGCAUGAGGCCUACAAAGUUUAUACCGUGAGCAAGAGCUAUGUCUACCUUAAGACAGAGCCUGGCAUCUUGCCCUGCAACCAGAUUCACACAGUUCAGGCACAUUUUAUUCUGAAGGGGCCGGUCUUGUUGUUGCUGAGAGAGCUCAAUUUUUACUACCUGGUCAUGGCCCAGGGCAAAAUCGUCCAUACAGGAAGCCACACUCACCACAUGGAACCCAGCAAAUUCGCUCCAGCUCCAGUGGAAGGCCACAUCACCUUGGAGAUCCCCGUGGAGUUCGGCAUGGCCCCUGGGGCUAAAAUGCUCAUCUAUGCCAUCUUGCCUGAUGGAGAAGUGAUUGCAGACUCUGCAAAAUUUAAAAUUGAAAACUGUCUUCUUAAUGAAGUGGACCUGAGCUUCAGCCCAGCCCGAAGUCUCCCUGCCUCACAGGCCCAUCUGCGUGUCACAGCUUCUCCUCAGUCCCUCUGUGGCCUGAGAGCAGUGGACCAAAGCGUGUUGCUCCUGAGGCCUGAAGCUGAGCUCUCCCCUUCCUGGAUCUACAAUCUGCCAGAGAUGCAGCACAAGGACCUUACUCCAAGAUCCCACCAGCUCUCUAAAGACUAUCAUUGUAUUAUGGGUCAUAGAGUCACAUACUCAGGACCAGGCGCAUAUGACAAGGAUGCCUAUGACUACAUAGAGGACAUGGGUUUACAGGCCUUCACCAACUUGAAGAUCAAAUAUCCUAAACUAUGUCCUUACAUUGACUAUGCGCUAACAGCAGAGUCUCCAAACUUUGAUCUUGCCGAUGCCAGCGUUGAACCUGAAGUUACGGUGGCAAAUAAAAACCUUUUCCAUGGAGAUCCAACAAUUGAGACCUUUCGAAAAUAUUUUCCUGAAACCUGGAUCUGGGAUUUAGUCACAAUAAACUCCUCAGGUGUGGCUGAAAUGGAAGUGACAGUCCCUGACACCAUCACUGAGUGGAAGGCCGGGGCCUUCUGCCUGUCCAAUGACACUGGACUUGGGCUCUCUCCUGUGGUUUCUCUCCAAGCCUUCCAACCCUUCUUCGUGGAGCUCACGAUGCCCUACUCUGUGAUCCGUGGAGAAGCCUUCACGCUCAAGGCCACUGUGCUGAACUAUCUUCCCACCUGCAUCCGGCUGGGUGUGCAGCUGGCAGCCUCUCCGGAUUUCACAGCUGUCCCGGUGGAGAAAGCCCAAGAUUCUUACUGCCUCUGUGCCAACGGGAGGCACACCACAUCCUGGUUGGUGACUCCCAAGUCUCUAGGAAAUGUGAAUUUCUCUGUGACUGCAGAGACACUGCAGUCCCCAGAGCCCUGUGGUUCUGAGGUGGCCACAGUCCCUGAAACCAGGAGAAAGGACACAGUUGUCAAAGUCCUGAUUGUUGAGCCUGAAGGAAUUCAGGAGGAGCACACCUUCAGUUCCCUGCUCUGUGCAUCAGAUGCUGGGCUAUCCGAAAAAUUGUCCCUGCUGCUCCCACCAACAGUAGUGAACAAUUCAGCCAGAGCCCAUUUCUCUGUGUUGGGUGAUAUCCUGAGUUCAGCCAUUAAAAACACCCAAAAUCUUCUCCACAUGCCCUAUGGCUGUGGGGAGCAGAACAUGGUCCUUUUUGCUCCUAACAUCUAUGUACUGAAAUAUCUCAAUGUAACUCAACAGCUGACUCAGAAGAUCAAGUCCAAGGCCAUUGACUACCUCAAUGCUGGUCAGUAAGGCUAACAAACCCCACUU